AAAGACUGUGGCAAUUUGUAUAGUGACAUCUUUAGGAAAAGAGAGAGGUCUGCAAUGUUUGUUUCAUUGAUGUAUACUACACCCUACCAUAUGAGAAGAGUUUAAACUAAAUUUUAAAUCACAAAAUGAAAAAUAACGUAGCUCUCUUCCCAAGCAACACUUAAAGGCAGCAGAUGGAUGAGGAAAACUGCAGUACUGUGGCACAUUUCAUCCUCCUGGGAUUUUCAGAUGUCCCUGAGCUGAGUGGUUUUCUCUCCUUGCUUUUUCUUCUCAUUUAUGGAGUCACUGCCCUGGCCAACCUGGGAAUGACUGCACUGAUUCAGGUCAGCUCUCAACUUCACACCCCUAUGUACUUUUUUCUCAGCCAUCUGUCCUUUGUGGAUUUCUGUUACUCCUCCAUCAUUGUGCCUAAAAUGCUGGCUAGCAUCUUCAAUAAGGACAAAGCCAUAUCAUUCCUGGCAUGUAUGGCCCAAUUCUACCUGUUUUGCACAUGUGUGGUCACUGAAGUCUUCCUACUGGCUGUGAUGGCCUAUGACCGCUUUGUAGCCAUCUGUAACCCACUACUAUAUAUGGCUAUCAUGUCCUCAGAUCUCCGUAUGAUACUGGUGUCUGGAUGCUACCUGUGUGCAUCAGUGUGUUCUCUGAUUCAUUUGUGCUUAGCCCUUGAGAUCCCAUCAUUUAAGUCAAACGUGAUCAAUCACUUCUUCUGUGAUCUGCCUCCUCUCUUGAGUCUUGCUUGCUCUGAUGUCACUGUUAAUAAAGUGCUGCUGUUUGUUGUAGCCACCUUCAAUGAGAGCUUUAGUAUUGUGGUUAUCUUCACCUCCUACUUAUUCAUCCUCAUCACCAUCCUGAGGAUGCGCUCUGUAGAGGGGAGGCGCAAAGCAUUUUCCACCUGUGCCUCCCACCUCACAGUCAUCAUUGUCUUCCAUGGGACGAUCCUUUCCAUUUAUUGUUCUUCUACUUCAGACAACAGUGGGGAUGCUGACAAAGUGGCCACAGUGUUCUACACUGUAGUGAUUCCCAUGCUGAACCCUUUGAUCUACAGCCUGAGAAACAAGGAUGUCAAAGGUGCUCUCAGGAAAGUUGUGAACUCUAAGAUAUAUUCUCAGUGA